AUGCAUCUGGUUCAAGCUUUGGUGCUCCUGGCACUUGCCCUAGCUUGCUCUCAUGCUUCAGCAUCAUAUCAGCCCUACAAGACCCUAGUUGCGCCCAUCACCAAGGACACCGCCACUUCUCUCUACACCGCCACCCUCAACUUCCACGAGAGCUAUGUCAUCGAUCUCGGCGCUCCGUUUUCGUGGUGCUCUUGCCCGUACAAGCACCCUCCCGUGGCUUGCAAGGCGGCACAAUGCAUGUCGGCGAGGUCUUACCUCUCCCCGCUUUGCCCUCCAUCCAGCAGCUCCUCCAACAACCUUUGCCGAAAUUGCAUCACAACUCCCGUCAACCCAAUUGCCAAAACUUGCGCUCUCUCCGACCUCACAUACAAGAACGUCGCCCUUUACACAACAAAUGGCCGAAGCCCGACUAGUUCCAUAAACUUGAAUGACAUAUACAUGUCUUGUGCUCCUGUGUACCUUUUGAAGUCUCUUCCUUCGGGCACUACCGGUUUGGCUUCCCUUUCGUGGGCUUCUCUCGCUCUUUCGACACAACUAACCCCUCCUUAUCUGGGAAUGACCAAGAGCUUCGCAGUGUGUCUUCCUAGUGUUCCUAAUGGUAAGGGCACGCUUUUCUUCGGAAGCGGCCCGUAUCAGUUUAGGAACCCUGCCUUGGUUGACGUAUCCAGAAUUCUUUCCUACACCCAAUUGAUAAAAAGCCCUAAAUCAUCCGACUAUUACAUUGGCCUCAGCGGCAUAUCAAUUGCUGGGAAGGCGGUCCGUUCCCCAAGAAAUGCGUUUUCCAUUGAUCCGUUUGGCCGUGGCGGCACGAAGCUGAGCACUGUCAUUCCUUACACUGUUCUCAGGAGCGAUGUUUAUGACGCCUUUGUCAAUGAGUUCAAGAAAGCCACCAGGGGCAUUCCUCAAGCGAAAAUGGUGAAGCCCUUUGAGUAUUGUCUCAAGUCAAGCGCGAUCGCAUCGACUCGGUUAGGUUUGCAGGUUCCCCAGAUCGAUCUGCAAGUGGCGAGUGGGAAGAACUGGACGAUAUACGGAGCGAACUCGAUGAAGCAAGUGAGCAAGGACGUGGCCUGCCUGGCCUUCGUGGAUGGAGGGAAGGCGGCCGAGCAAGCGGUGGCGAUAGGAUCUUACCAAAUGGAGGACAACUUCCUCGUGUUCGAUCUGGCUCAAUUGACAUUGGGGUUCAGUUCCUCGUUGCUGGGCUAUGCCACUACUUGCGCCAACUUCGACUUCACCGUCAAACCUUGAUCAGAUCUGUUUUAAGUUGGCUUGGCCCGCAAAGGAAAAAGAACCUUUGUGUGCAAUGAUGCUGUGUGCUUGUGAAAGAAUAAGAACCAAUAGUAUAGACCCCAACCAAAAACAGCAAGUAGCUAAUCCUGGUUUUUGGGCAAAUAAGUGUAUGUUCUUGUCUGUGUAUGUGUCUGUGUCUGUGCAUGUACUUAAUGUUUGAAAAUAAGCACGGCUUUGAAGUUUAAA